UUCUUUUCCCAAGCACUCUCUUCUCCGAGUCUGUUUCUUCGUUAAUCCCGGUCGGUGUCGGUGAAAAGACGGGGACGAAGAGAUGGUGAACGUCAGUUACUACCGCAAUUAUGGGAAGACUUUCAAGAAACCGCGUCGUCCGUAUGAGAAGGAACGUUUGGAUGCUGAAUUGAAGCUGGUCGGAGAGUACGGUCUCCGUAACAAGCGUGAGCUCUGGAGAGUACAGUAUGCGCUUAGCCGUAUCCGUAAUGCGGCUAGAGAUCUACUCACCCUCGACGAGAAGAAUCCAAAGAGGAUCUUUGAGGGUGAGGCUCUCCUCCGGAGAAUGAACCGUUAUGGUCUUCUGGAUGAGAGCCAGAACAAGCUCGAUUAUGUCUUGGCUCUGACUGUGGAAAACUUCCUUGAACGCCGGCUCCAGACUCUCGUCUUCAAGUCGGGUAUGGCAAAGUCAAUCCACCAUGCUCGCGUGCUCAUUAGACAAAGGCAUAUCAGGGUUGGAAAGCAGUUAGUGAACAUACCGUCGUUCAUGGUGAGAGUCGAUUCACAGAAACACAUAGACUUUGCUUUGACUAGUCCCUUUGGCGGUGGCCGUCCUGGUAGGGUUAGGAGAAAGAAUGAGAAAGCUGCUUCCAAGAAAGCCUCUGGUGGCGACGGAGAUGAGGACGACGAAGAGUAAAAUGUUUUCGUUUUCCGCCUUCGGUUCAAUCUAUCUGGUUUUGGUUUUGAAACUUAUGGUUUAUUUGAAAUGGUUGCAUUGGAUUUGGUUUUUCAUACUCACAAGAAUUGCUAAACUCUGAGAUGUUCAUCUUUUAUUACUUGUUCAUUUAUAUAUGGGAAUGAAUCAUACAUCUUAUUAAA